AUGAUACCCCAGCGAGUACAAGUGUUGUCGCUUUUUCGCACAGGUCCUUUUUUUGAUUCGUGUCGUCAUUGUCAAUUAAUAUCAACAUCUUGUCCCGUUCUUACGGAACAUUCUUUAAUCAAUCAUAUAGAAAAGGAGGUGUCUAUUCAGUGUAUAUAUCAGAAUCAUUCAGGAAAUCCAAUCUUUACUGGGGAAGCAAUGUACGAAUGCUUGCUUUGUUCAUUCAAAGCUAAAGAAGUUAAAAAUUUAACCUUACAUUAUUUCGCUUUUCAUGGUAUCAAAAAUGCCAGUCCAAAUUUGACCAAGCAUUUAACUUAUGAUUAUUCAUCAGGAUUAAAUUACAAUUUCCAUGAUGCAAAAUCGUUGUUUAUGGGUGAUAAACGAAAUACAUUUGUCGAUCUUAAUCAAGAUGAUGGCGAAAUGAGUUCUCAUUCAGUUGGAACAGAAAGUGGUCGUUUUUCCAGGGGAUCUCAUCUUAGUUCAUCCCAAGUCAACCGAAGUUUAAUGCCAUAUAAAUGUACACACUGCGGCAACGCUUAUCACAAACGAAAGUAUUUUGCUGAACAUGUUUUCUCCUGUUCCAAAUCUUUGCAAUUAACUUGCCCAUGUGGCCGUGUUUGUAAAUGGAGAUCGAAUUUCUAUGCACAUAGAAAAUCAUGCCCCGUUUAUAAACAACUUGUAACUGGAGGCAGUCAUCUCUCUGUCUUUCGUCGUCGAGGUUUGACUUUGUCUAAAUCAAGUAUUAAUGAUGAUUCUGAAAGUAUUACUAAAGAAUCAGUUAGUUCCAGCGAACAUCUGCUUGAUAUGUCAACUAAUCCCAAAGAUGCUUCUACUGUAAAUCUAAUUGGUGGAAAUGAUUUAACUUCCUUAGUUUCUUCAUCUUCUACACCCGAAGUUACUCCCCAGUCUAAUUCAGACUCUAGCAUUGAUGUAUUUGGAAAUCAUUCUGAUUCCCUUCAAACCUCUCUCACCUACAUAACUCCAGUUUCAUCACUAGCCACAUCUGUCCCGACUUUCGUUUCCAAUGAAAAUAUUGAAACAAAUAAUCUAAAUCAUGUAUCUAGUAAUUCGAUGGUCACAUCUGCCUCUAUAAUUCAUGCAUUAAGUCAAACUUCUAAUUUGUCCGUAUUAGUUGACACACGUUGCCCUGUCAGUAAUUAUCCUUCAAAUCAGAUAAAUGAAUGCACCGCCACUAAUGCGGAAGGUGGAUUUAUCCAAUGUGUAUCAUCAAAAGGUGAACCACUUAUCAUGUUUCCUGUAUAUCUUUCUGUCUUACACGUAAGAACGAAUUAA